CGCCUGCUGACGUUGCCACUUGCCAGCUGGUGUGUCCGUGUGCCGUGUGAGCUUGUGUGUGCGUGUGUGUGCGUGUUUGUGCGUGCGUGGGUCUCUCUGCCGCAUAAAAUUUGGAAUUUCGACUUGGAUUUCCGACCGGGACAAGGGGCUGCGAUGCGAGUGGAAGCUGUGUGGUGCACGCUGCUAGGCAGCCUGCUGCUGUGGAGCGGCAGAGCCCACGCCUGGCACUCGGAGGAGCUGGAGAUCUUCGAUUUGGUCGAGGAGGUGAAUCGCAACUUCUACGAAUUCAUGGGCAUUAACCAGACAGCCACCGGGGCAGAGGUGAAGCGCGCCUUUCGCACACUAUCGAUUGUCCUGCAUCCGGACAAGAAUCCCGCCGAGGAUGCCAAUAUCCAGUUUCGCAACCUCGUCUCCAUAUACGAGGUCCUCAAGGAUCCGUCGCGACGUGAGAAGUACGACCGGGUGCUAAAGGAGGGCAUGCCCAACUGGAAGUCGGCGCUGUACUACUACCGUCGCAUGCGCAAGAUUGGCCUCUACGAGGGCGCCUUUAUCCUGUUCCUAAUCACCACCGUGGGCCAGUACCUGUUCGCCUGGGCCGCCUACCUCGAAAAGAAGUACACCGCCGAGCAGGUGUUCGGCACCAAGCUGAAGAAGUUGCAGAAGAAAAACAAGAACAUUGACAUGGACGUGAUACUCAGCGAAAUACCGAUGCCCUCGCUGCUCAACACACUGCCCAUCCAGAUACCGCUGGCGCUAUGGAACCUGCCGCGGACCAUCAAGAAUGGUUUCAGCAAGGCCAACGAGCUGAAGGAGCUGGCGCUGGAGAAGCGCAGGCAGGAACUGGAGGCCGCCCGACGCCAAGAGGAACUGGAACGGGAGGCCGAGGAGCAGGCACGCCUGCGCAAGGAGCACAAGGAGAACCUGCGAAAGCGCAAGCAGAACACCAAGGCUCCGGAGAAAACCGAGGAGGAACUGCGCGGCUAUUCGCAAAUCCAGGCCCGCGAGAUGACCGACGACGAUGCUGUGCGUCCCGCUUCUCAAAAGAGCUCUGUGAGUGGUGGCUUCUGGACAGACGAGGAUCUCACCGAGCUAAUUCGCCUAGUUAAGAAGUAUCCCGGCGGAGCUGGUAGCCGCUGGAACACCAUUGCCGAGUCCAUGAAUCGUAGUGUUCAGGAGGUCACCUUUAUGGCGGCCAAAAUGAAGGAAAAUGGCUACCGAAUACCCGGCCAAACGGACAGCGUGGCCGAGACUCUCGUCCAGGAGUCCCAGCAGGCGCAGCGCAAAGAAAAGGUCAAAAAGUCUGCGGCAACGGCGGCAACAUCUGCCGCCGCCGCUACUACCGCCUCCGGGGAGAAGAGCAUGCUCAUCCCGGAAACCAACUGGACGCAGGAGCAGCAGCGGGCUCUUGAGGCGGCCAUCGUCAAGUACCGGAAGACGGCUGGCGGCGAUCGCUGGCAAAAGAUUGCCAACAGUGUGCCAGAGAAGACGAAGGAAGAGUGCCUGGUGCGCUACAAGUAUCUCUGCGAGCUGGUCAAGACGCAGAAGCGGGCCGAGGAGGAGGCCAACGAGGCAACAGGCGACGAUGUGACCGCCGUUGAGGAGGUGCUGCCAGAGGACGAGCCGCCGCCGCCGCCGGCAGAAGCACCAGCAGCUGCGGCGCCUGCCACUAAAAAGCUAAGCAAGCGGGAGCAGCGUCGCCGGAAGCGAGAUCUCUCAAGCGGCGAGGACUCGGACGAUGCAUAUCAGUACGAGAUCAGUUAGAUACCAGUCCUCCUGCUCCGGCAGUUCCUCGCGUGGCUCAAACCUAGUUGUAAUUGAAUUUUUUUUAUACUUUGCAUUAAAAACUCUCUGACCUAGCA